UGUCAUUCCGACCAGCGGCUCUUAACCUGAGGAGUUUCUCAUGAAUGGGAGUCAGAUUCCAGCCCGGAGAGAGACGCUGUGUGUUGUUCAAACAUAGACUGUAGUCUAUGCCUUCAACACAGAAAAGAAAACAACGUUCACUUUUAAUUAGAUCAAUCUGACUGAAUAUUUUAUGAGAGACAGGUUUCACUGCGGUAGAGGAGCACUCUGCGACAUGGAGAACGGCUGUGAGACUGGGAGACCCUAGCAAGGGAAAGAGGUAAAGGGGGCAACAACGAGGAACCAUCUUGGUUAACAGACUGCUCCUUGAUUCUGCAAUGCCAGAAGAAGCAAAUAAGGACGCCAUGAGAACGCCAGCGACCCCUGAUAAGGCAAACAACAACGAGCAUCCUGCAGCCCCCGUGACAACGGUAAACAUCCCCCUGGUCAAUGAAGUCCAGCUGACCGCAGCCACCGGCGGGACAGAGCUGUCCUGCUAUCGCUGCACCGUCCCGUUUGGUGUGGUGGUCCUAAUCGCCGGCAUCGUGGUCACUGCCGUGGCUUACAGCUUCAACUCCCACGGAUCCACCAUCUCAUACUUCGGCCUGGUGCUCCUCUCGGCCGGCCUGGUGCUCUUAGCAUCCAGCGCCGUCUGCUGGAAGAUAAGACUUGAGAGGAAGAAGGAGAGGCGAAGGGAGAGCCAAACCGCCCUGGUUGCAAACCAGAGGAGUAUUUUUACUUGAACUAUCUGUGUCUGGAUGACACACAUCCUGGUUUUCUGCGUCUGAAAAGGUCUGAUUUUAAGACUGAGUUGGAGAACCAGCUGUGGACAGAUGCUGUUCAGCAUGUGUUGGAUUUCUGACCUGUAAAAGCUUUGACCGCAGAUUCUCAAGGCCCAGAACUCAAAGCUUUGAAGACAUUGUAAGGGUUUUAUUUGUGGGGCAUCUGGUGAGCUGGGAAUGCUGCCAGGAGGAAUGUAUCACAAUUAAGAUUAAUUACCACUGUGCAAAGCGAUGUAGAGGAAGUCUCCCAUUAAUCUGCUGUUGGAUGUGGUGGCUUUGAUUGUAAUGGGAGGGAUUGUGGUUUGAAAAGCCCAGGAAAGGAGAGGGAAACUGGAAAAUCCAGGACAAUGAUUCAUGCCUCAUUUACUGUGCUUCAUCUUCAUAUAACAUAUCUGUUUAUAAUGUCUGUUCACCUCACAGGGAAUGAUUAUGAACUGCCUGUUAUGGAAGGACGGUACUAGAUGUGAGGAUUUUGUUUAAAAUCUGCCAAUAUAUUCUGUUUAGCAUGUCAGAUUAGAUUAGUACAUGGUGUUAUAUAUAGAGAGAGAAUAUUUAACCUUAAAUAUAUAUUCUCUUAAGGCACUUUACUCAUUCAUUAUCAUCAAGUAUUAAAUGGCAUCUAUUGACAAAUUAAAUAAGUGAUUCCUCCACAAUUAGAGUACUAUUGCCUAUUUUGGCAAGUUUGGAACAAUCAAAAUUAAUAUUGUGUUGGGUAAUGAUCACUUAUUGUCCAGUGUACUUCCAUACUCUAAAAAAAUAUGAAAUGCAGCUUAUGUUUUGUUUUUAUAUAAUCAUUUGCAUGUAACAACUGUUACCAGGACGUGAUGAGAUUUAAUAAACUCAUUGAUACAGAAA